AUGCUUUCAGCGGACCAAACUCCGACUCCAACACGAUUCAUCCGGACCUGUGAAGAAGUGGGCCUCUUCCAGGACUUGCAGAAUGUCACAAACGAAAAUGUCACCAAUGAGAAUGUCACCGACAAUCCGUUUGACGAGGGAUUCAAGAGGGCAAUGGAAACGAAACAGGGUAUCCUGUGUCUGGAGAAUGUCAUAGCCACCUCUACAUCGGACGAUGUUCUACAUACUCCGCAACUUGUAUUCCCUCUAGACGAUCCCACUUUGUCGCAGCUGCAGAGUCAUAGAAGUGGUAUUAGCAGGUCUUCUAGCGACGAAUCAACCUCCAUAAAAGCAUAUGAAGCAGCAUUAGCCAAAAUUACACACGAAGUAACAGUAAAUAGAGUUGAUAACGAAAUAACAGUUAAACAAAUUGAUAUUUCUAAAAGUAACGACUUGACAAAAACUAGUAUUCAGACUAAUAAUAGUGUAGAAGUUAUAAAAGAAAAAGACAUUCCUAUUAUUGUUUGUAAUAAUGUGAAAACUAAUACUUUAACGAAAGAUGUGGUAUUUAAUGACAAUAACAAAUUUUUGGCGCCUGAUAAAGUUCCUUUGAUAAGUCAAAAAUCAUUAGAUUUUGUUGUCGACAGUUUGACAAAUGAAGCCAAAAGUAUAAACGAAAAAAUCACAGUCAGUUUAAAAAGAAAUAUAAGCAACAUUUCCAAUGAAACUAAAAUUGGGUUUGACAAAGUUGUAAAAGUUAUACCUAAAACUGUUGUAGAUAGACAUACUAGGCCUAGAAUCUUGCCUAAGAAAGCUGAAUUUAAUAACGUUAUGGGCGAAUAUGAGGUAUUCAUUAAAUUACCAAAUGGUAAGCAAGUCAGAAUGAAACCUGUAGAAGAACAGAAAGGACCGAAUACUAAAGAGAUUAUACGCAAUAAUAUAUUAAAAAAACCGGCAUUUAACAAUAGAAUACAAACUACAAAAACUGUAAUUAAGAAAACACAAAAAAACACAAAACUAGUAACUAAUGUGUUAAAAAUACCUACUGGUACUUUGAUACCUGUUACUCUAGUCAACCAGGAAGGAGCACCUCUCUCUAACGACGAUUUAAGCAAAGUACCUAUUACUAAAAUAGACAAUGUUAGUACUUUAACCAAAAUUACCGUACCCACCUUAACAAAUAUCACAAAUAAUGUAAUAACACCUGUUACCCCAGUAACAAUUACUAAAACUCCUGUUACAACUAAGACACCUCCAAUAAUUGCAAAAGGAACUUUAGUGCCCAUAAUAAAUACACCAAAAAUAUCUAAUAUUAGAUCACUAGCGACCACAAUACUUGACGCCAUUCCAAAAGAACCUCCUAUUGUAGCACCUGUUACAAAAAGUAACCUUACUGUUAAUGAGGGUUCCAAAAGAAUACCUGUUACUGAUAGAAACAAUCAAAUACCUCAAGCGUUACCUACAGUCACAACACUAGUUACUAGAGCUGAUACCACAAAUAAUAACAUAAUAUGUAACGAAGUAUUCUAUACCCAAGAAGAUCUCAAUAAAGUUACAUCGUGUAAAAGUGGACCUGUAUCUACAAAUGCCCUUGCCACCGUUGAACCGGACUCCGGCGAAGAUACAGACGAUGAUUGUGUUAUAGAAGAUUUGACGAAUAACCCUGAAAUUGCUAAGAGAACAAAAUUUGAACUUGAAAGCAGAAGUGCUGCGUCAAAACGAUAUAGGGAGCGUUUAAAAAUGGCAAUGCAAGCCCAAGCUGCGGAAAAUAAACUUCUUCGAGAAGCGAAUCACAAACUAGCGACCGAGAAAGCGGUUCUCAAACUUAUCAUAACAGAACAUAUGAAGCGGUGUCCUGACGCGGAAGACCUGCGGCUAUUGACACAGGGUAAACUGCAAGUUAUGGAAGAUUCAUAAGAUACCUAACGGAACCAAGUCAAGACGUGGGAAAUACAUUUAUAUUGCAUUAUUUACUUUAGAAGUAAAUAGAAGGUUUACUGGCAAGAUUUAUUUGACCGCGACCAUUGCGGAAUUUAAAAAAAACUAAUUUUGCUGACAACACGAAAAAACCAUAGCUCAAAACGUCGACGCUGCCAGAGCGUAAAAACUAUUAAAAUAUACCUGUGCCGCCAUUUUAGGGUCUAAUGUUACUUGUUAAUUUUUGUAAUUUUCCAUUAAUGGACUACGCAUAAUCUAUAAAUAGCAAUAUAUUAAUUUAUUUCAAAACUAA